AUGCUGAGAUUCUUCAUCCUAUUAUAUCGCCUCUUAACAGGCUUUUCAAUUCUGCUGAGCUGCAAACCUCUUUGGCCCCCAUUUAUGCGCUUGGUCAUCCUAGCGAGGAGCAGUUUACGAUGUUUAAUCUCUCAUUUCCAUGUCACGGUGUCCAAGGUUCUCAAGCAGUUUGAAGAAGCAUUCUUCAAGGGAAGUGCUUACAAAAAGUUGUUUCGGAAGCAAACCCCGGGAAAACGCAUUGGACUACCACAGGCUGGUGACAACGACAAGAUAUACCAAGUCCGACUUGACGCUGGCGAAACGAUAAACGGCAUUAAGCGGGUUUACUUACAGUGGAAAAAGAAACACGGAACACAUAGCAACCUCGCAGUGGGAACCAUAGAUGAGAACACCCCGGAAGAAGAGCAAGAGGAUGCUGCCAAGGCAUUUUGGAAAGAUGUUGCAGGCCAGGCGAAAGAUAACCUGCUAUAA